AGAAGAUUUUCUGCCGGCUUCAUUUAGAGAAGUCAAGUGUUUUCGUGUGAUAUCGUUCUUUUGUCGUGACCGAUAAAAUACAUAUCUUGAUAUACUGAGUGAUAUUUCGUUAACAGGAGUCCUUUUUUUCAUUUAAACAGAUGAAUCAAAUCGUAAAACGUGUCAUUACUGUUCGCGAUAAGUCAUCGUUAGGUUGUCUCGUUCGAAAUUUUCAUUUAUCGUUGCGAAACAUGGUUAUCGCUGUUGGUAGCAAAUUACCGUCGGUUGAUCUAUUCGAGGAUACUCCGGCUAAUAAAGUAAAUCUAGCAAAACUCAGUGCUGGAAAGAAAAUAAUUAUUUUCGCAGUACCUGGUGCUUUUACUCCAGGAUGUUCUAAGACUCAUUUGCCUGGUUUUGUUCAAAAAGCUAAUGAAUUAAAAAGUAAGGGUAUCAAUGAUAUUUACUGUGUCAGUGUAAAUGAUGCAUUUGUUAUGGCUGCCUGGGGUAAGGAACAAGGCACAUCAGGAAAGGUACGAAUGCUGGCUGAUCCAAAUGGUGCCUUUGCUGAUGCUUUAGAACUAUCUGUUGAUUUACCAGUCUUAGGUGGAAAACGAAGCAAACGUUAUUCAAUGGUCGUUGAGGAUGGAGUUGUAAAAGAACUUAAUGUUGAGCCAGAUAAUACAGGACUUUCUUGCUCUUUAGCCGAACAUAUUAAAGUUUAAAAACUAUGAAAAGUUUCUUUUAUUCAUAUAUAUAUAUAUAUAUAUAGUAAUAUUCUUACUA